CGAUCUCUUUUGCCAUCUUCUCAUGUAUUUUCCUUGAACUCCAUCCAUACACACACACACACACACACACACAGAGAGACAAACUACAGUAGCAUCUUGUUUACAUUUCUCACAUUUUAGGUGUCCAUCUUUGGCCUUGGAUGGAUCAUGCUGCAAUGAGAUGGGCACAGAGCUGGCCCCACCAAUCCCUACCAUUAUGCCUGCUCUAUUAGAGAGGCCCAAACUGUCCAAUGCCAUGGCACGCGCCCUGCACAAGCACAUCAUGCGGGAGCGAGACCGCAAGAGACAAGAGGAAGAAGAAGUAGACAAAAUGAUGGAGCAGAAGCAGAAGGAGGAGGAAGAAAGGAAGAGGAAGAAAGAGGUGGAGGAGAGAAUGUCUUUAGAUGAGACAAAAGAGCAGAUCAUGAAGAUGGGGGAGAAGCUACAGGGGCUACAAGAGGAGAAACACCAGCUCUUCCUCCAGUUGAAGAAAGUCCUCCAUGAGGAGGAGAAGAGACGGAGGAAAGAACAGAGUGAUAUGACAACCCUGACAUCUUCUACGUACCAGCCCAGCAUGGCUAUCCACUCCCACUCAGGACAACACCUGCUCAGCAUGCAAGCGGGUCAAGUGAGUCACGGCCGCUCUGCUGCUCUGCUAGGAGAACGCAGUAAACAGCUCUUCCAGUCCCCUGUCCUUCCGGGGCGUCACUACCAGAGCCAGCCAGGGAUGAGCUCCGGCGGCUUGGAGCAUGGGCAGUAUGCAGCCAGCCAGGCAGCCCAUGGUCCCUACGGCCAGCUCACCCAGGCACAGCACGCCACUCCCUUCGCCCCCAGCCAGUCUGUCCCUGUCAGUUACGCCAGCAGCUCACAGCUCCGAGGUGCCUCAGCCUUCCAAGCCAUGCAGUACCUGCCUCAACAGCAGCAGGGCUACGCCGUACACAGCCACUUUACCUCUCAGCCAGGAUUUAUCCCUAGUGCUGGGAUCCCUCUACAGAAGCAACUGGAACAUGCCAAUCAACAAUCUGGCUUCACUGACUCUAGUGCUCUACGGUCCAUGCACCCUCAGGCUCUUCAUGCCAGUGCUGCAAGCCUGCUGCCUACCACCUCCCUCACAGUGCAGAUCCCUCCUGCUACGUCUGGCUUGCCAUACACCCAUCCCCCCCGUCCGGCCUCUCCAGGAAGCUUCACUCAUGGAACUCCUCCACAGCAGGCUCACCCAGUCCUGGCAGAGUUGUGCAGACUCAGGACAGCUGAGCUUUGGAGGAAUACGCAGAUUUAAAGAGGAGUCCGUAAUUUGCUUUCUAAUGAUCAUGAUCUUUUCCUCAAAGAAGUUCAUGAAUUUAUUACUGCUGAAGUGAAAGCCAUCCUCACUUGGGGAAUGCUGCUUUUUAGUUAGCUUUGCGACAGUAUCAAAAAUAAAUGUUGAAUUGUUCUUAUUUUCCUCAAUUAAGUUGGAAAAAUAGGAUAAUCGAGCAGCAGUGAGGGCUCUUCGGUACUGUCUUUCCAAGCUAGUUGGAAGACUUCCAGUUUGGUGUGGCGCCAUUUCCGUUCCAAUUUUCUGGAAGCUUGCUUCAGAGCUCGGGUAUUUUCUGUAUACCAGAAAUACUCCACAGAGACGCUCUUUGCAGAUGACAACAACAUAUUCAGCAAAACAUGCAACUUAGCAUUAGCUCAUAAACAGAAAGACAGGAUAGAUGGACAUCUGAAAUAACAUUACGCUGUCUCAUAAGAAUUCUAGGACUACUGGCCAAGAUCGUUUAGUCAGGUGGGAGGUCCUGGAGGAUAUGGUGGAGGGUUUUGCAAGAGCCAACAUCCCUCUAGAAAAAGUUGAUAAACCCCGAAAUGCGCGCAUUCAUUAAUAAACAUGUGAAAAACAAGAGGCACAGUCCCUAAAAGUAGCCAACUUAGGAGUCUACAUCUACCAAAGGUAGCCACAAAACACGAAGAGGAACUAAAACAUCUUGUCCAAAAACUGAAAAUGUCAAUAAUAACGGACAAAUCAACUGACACACUGGAUCAACAUGUUCCUAUUUUGUUUGUCUUGCAAGGAGAGCUGGGUGAAGGUUAAAGUUGUUCUAUUCACAUGUGCUAACCUAGGUUACGUUAUUCUUUCUUGAUGUUUUUUUUUGCUUUAGAAUGUUAUGUAGGCUAAGGUUGAGACUGUGUCGUCUGUUAUCGUGAUUUCCUCUCCAUUUAAGUUUUUACAUUAAUUUCUAUAGUGAAUGAAAAAUAUAUAUAUAGAUUUAUUUUAAUCAAAUGUGUAUUUACGUUGCAUUCGGAAAGUAUUUAGACCCCUUCACUUUUCUCACGUUUUGUUACCUUACAGACUUAUUCUAAAAUGGAUUAAAUAAAAAAUCCUCAAUCUACACACACUACCCCAUAAUGACAAAGCGAAAACAGGUUUAGACAUUUUUGCAAAUGUAUAAAUAAACAAUAACAGAAAUAC